GCGUGUUCAAUCGCGUCGCUGCGCAUUCGGUCUUGCGGAUUCGCGAGUGUCCUCGCAAGUGGUUCUCAACCCAGGAUGGAUCGCCAGCAGCUUGAAGGGCUCUCUGUGGGAGAGUUGCACGCCGAACUUAAAAAAUAUGGUUUACCGACGCACAAGGAUCCGACUCGUUGUAUUGAUGCUCUUGUGGCUCAUCUGGAAAGAUACGGCCCUUUGGAUCUGCUGGGCACAGGCAACCCAGACAGUGGUUCUUCAUCAACGGUGACACCUUCAUAUGUCUCCAAUGCUACGCUGCAGCAAUCUCUUCAGCAGCUAGCCAAUCAAAACGCAGCAUUAACCGAACAAAUCAAACUGUUGGUUCAAUUGAAUCUUGGAAAUGCCGCCGGUGCGCAGGUUCCAGGACCUUCAAGGCCUUCGCCUCUUAAAGCGAUGCCGAAGAAAAGUAGGAUUGAAUCCAACUUCUAGCGACGUCGCUUCACGUGAUUAUCAAGUAAAUUUGAAUAUGGAUCUGCAAGAUAUAGCUGUUGUACAUACCUGCGGGAUAUGUGAAACAAUUAUUGAUCAAAACGACAUUCCGAUGCAUGAUUGUAUAAGAGCAUACAAAAAGUUCUUCGUGGAUAAUAAUUAUUAUUUUUAUCCAGUAACAGGUGAUAAUCGCAUUGUUCGACGAAGCCUUGUCAAUAACAAAGAAGUCGUCUUGCCGGUUCGUGAAAAGAUUAGUGGAACUAUAACAACACUUUCGUCAAACGAAUUACAAGCUGAAAAGGAAAAUAGGUCUCAUAAUGAGAGAGACAAAAUCGCAAAGUCUACAUUAAAUUACGAUGACGAGGAACUUUUAAUUUUAUUAGUUCAAGAACGAAGGCCCCUGUGGGAUUUUACUAUUCCAUUAGAACAGCGAUGUCAACGCAUAACAAAAAAACUCUGGGAUGAAGUGUCAGAAACAUUGAGAGGUAAACUUAGUGGUGAAGAAGCAAAAAAAAAUUUAAAAAUUUACAUGACGCCUAUAGACGAAUAAUAAAUACUGAAAAACGCCCUAGUGGGUCGGCUAGACCUCUCCCUACAAAGAAAUGGCACCACUAUGAAUCCAUGGAGUUUUUGCGUGACUUAUGUCUUGUCAAAAAGGGAAAAGUUUCUAAUAUUGACGCUAUUGAUGUCGAUGACUCUGCGAGUAACAUUGGCGAAUCAAUAAAUGAUGAUGCAACUUGUGAUGGCCCAUCAGAGGCAUCAGGUACAACAACUAAAAAGAAGAAGACCUCGGGACAGCAGUCCGAUGCAUUAGAUAGAAUUGCCGAUUCACUCUGUCGACCAUCAACUCCACUUGUAUUACCACCAGCACCCAAAUGUGAUGAAAUUGAUUCGUCAUUAGCAGUAAUCGGAUGGAGGUUAAGACAAAUGAAUCCAACACAACAAUUACAUGUCAUUCAGCAAAUGAUGAACCUAACUUUUGAUGUACUCACAAAAAAUUAAGUUUUAUUAUUUUUUUAAAAGCAUACAUCUGUUACAUUUUUAUAAUAAAGUUUAAAUCAACUCCA